GCCCAAAAACGGAAACAUCCACUCCCCCAAAACACCCCCACACCAACCACCAAAACGAAAGAAGGAAGACUGGAGGGGCUUUUCAGGGUUUUCGGCCGGCGGGGAAGCUGCAACCGGCCAGAGUCUGAGUGGGAGGAGAAGUAAAACGCGAAACAGUGAAAUGGGUACAAAGCAAGACCCGACCGGAACCCAGAGAAAUGGCGUUGGGCCAUCUACUGCUCUCGCCUACCUGGAUCCCAAAUACUGGGACGAACGAUUCUCCUCUGAGGAGCACUACGAGUGGCUCAAGGACUACUCUCACUUCCGCCACCUCAUCCAAUCUCAUAUCACUCCCAAUUCCUCUGUGUUGGAGCUGGGUUGUGGAAACUCACACUUGUCCGAAGAGUUGUAUAAAGAUGGGGUUACGGAAAUAACUUGCAUUGAUCUGUCCGCUGUUGCCGUAGAGAACAUGCAGAAGAAGUUACAGUCUAAAGGUUUUAAAGAAAUAAAAGUUCUGGAAGCUGACAUGCUAGACCUGCCUUUUAGCAACGAGUGUUUUGACGUUGUUAUUGAGAAAGGAACCAUGGAGGUACUGUUCGUUGAUAGCGGUGACCCGUGGAAUCCACGACCUGCAACAGUAACCAAGGUCAUGAAAAUGCUUGAGGGUGUUCAUAGGGUUCUGAAACCAGAUGGCAUUUACAUCUCAAUUUCUUUUGGACAGCCACAUUUUAGGCGCCCUUUUUUCGAUGCUCCACAAUUUACCUGGUCUGUGGAGUGGAGUACCUUUGGUGAUGGAUUUCAUUACUUCUUCUAUACAUUGAAGAAGGGAAGAAGAUCAGUGGAUGAUAAAGGAUCUAGCAAAGAGAAGUUAGAGACUCAGUCUAUUUGUCUUUUUCAAGAUGAGUUAGAGGGCGAAGAUUAUCUUUUCCGAACCAACUUUGAUGAACUCAAUAGUUAGACGAACUGAUUGUACCUUGUAUUCAUUAUUUUCCUGGUGUAACAUUCAUUUGAUUGCAUCUCAAAGCCGAGUUACAACUAAUCAUAUAACACAUUUAACCUGUAAACGUGCGUUAUUUAUACGAAAUUUGUGUUUCCUUUUC